AUGCUGUUUACACUCAUGUAUCUCGCUAUGACCAUCCGCACCUCGUCGAAGUUUAGAGUUAUAAAAAAUAAUCUCAGGAAAAUACUGACCGAUCGCUACGCUGUCAGCUUUUACACAACAUCCAAUGGUAAUUGGGCAGCUGGUUCUCCCGAUGCGUCGCCUUGUACCAACGUGACCACCUGCAUCUGGUAUGGUCCGGAACAGCGUGGUUGUCUUCUGUAUCCAGUCCAACGGAAAUCUCUCUCAAGCUGGAUCAGCGUUCCGGAAACGAUCAAAUCCCUGCAGGUGACUGGCGCUUCCUGCGAUUGGCAGAGUGUGAAUCAGAAAAACGACACCGUACAUCUGCUUGUUACGUUAGAACAAUCGUUCGAGCAGACCCCAGAGGAUUCUGUCGAUUCGAUUAUGCUAACAAGAUUCGGACGCUUUUUGGCCUGGAAUCGUUCUACUCGGGGAUUGCAAGUGCUACUGGAAACGGAUACAGCACACCUGUUUCAACUAUUCGUAGCAACCUUUGGCCAAAAUCGGUAUCUUAUGAACGCUGGCCGUUUGAAACUGAUUCAUUUAGAAAGUGUGGAAACAUAUGACGAGCCCAAACCUUUUGAAGAAUCGAAAGACUUGGUCGAAUCGUUCCCAACCGUUACUGAACAAACAUUUACCACCGACGCAUGGCUCUCAUCGCUGUUUAAAAUUCUUCCCGAUAAAGAUCCCGAUCCGAUUCAAGUCCCAAUAUCUGGCAUUCAACCGGAUAUCAUCGCUUCCAACGAUAUUAAGAUUUCCCUCGACAUGGUCGAUGGCACUGUAAAGUCUAGUCAAAGCAAAGCGGAUGUUCUGACCAGUGGGAGCACCUCCCGCAAUAGGUCCCAAUUGGAUCUAACCGACGGGAUUGCAUCCACUGUGGAUUAUUUGGAUAAAGCUCCAACACCAAAUGAUAGUCCUGUUCCGGAAGACAUUAAAACUGAAACAAAUACAACAUCCCCAGUUGUGCAAAAUGUACCUAACAAGCUUGAUGUAGCUCAAUCGGUUGUUGCACAAGUAGCCAAAAAUGAUACACCGACAGAAGCGCCACCGAUUGUAAUGAAUGUAGUUUCCAAUGGAACGCACAAGAAUCCUCCCGUUACAUCACCGGAAAAACCCAAGACUAUCCCAGCAGUACAAAAACCUGUGGUCACGCAGAAGGGAGACUCACCCGUAGUGAAACCGAAAACGGCCCGAUCGUUGAGGAAAAGUUCGUUCCCGUCCAGUCGGCUACGGCUCGUCAAUAUGCCCGCCGGCGUCGCAACGAAACCACCGAACAUUCUAGUUCAUUCCGAUAGUAGCUCCACGAUGGAGUACGUCAUUGCCACCUUGAACAAUCUGCUGGAACCGAAUACUUACACAAUCUAUCCGAUAACGACGGCGCAGGCGAUGGCAGGCAACUGGCAGCAGAGCACCGUACUCAUCAUCGUCGCCGGGACGCUCGAUGUGGGCGUUCGGAAGGUUUUGCUGGACUAUUUCCUGCACGGUGGAAUUGUGUUCAGCUUGUGUUCGGAUUUACUGGACAGUAUACUUCCCGAUUCGAAAACGGCAGAGAUACGAGAACGUGAGCUGGUAAGCUUUUCCUACCGUAGAUGGAAGCAAAUAAAGAUGCUGCACCACAUUUUCUGCUACCAGCUUUCACCAGCCAAAAAGCAAUUUUCACUGGAAUCGGAAGAAACUGCCACCUUGAUGCCCGUUUCCUACGUCGAUGCCAUAGAUUUGUCCGGCAAGCCACAUUCAUUGACAGUGGAAAUACUCGCGCAGGAGGAAACAUGGAAUACGCCCAGCAUUUUGGAAGCGCACAAUCGUAGUACCGGAGGUCGAGCCAUAUUUUCACAGAUUCAUCUGGAGCUGGAUCCUUCCCAGUUUCAAACGACCAUCGAUGGGGCUGAUAGUUCACUGCAGAACUCCAACCAACUGCGGUAUGAAAUACUGAGCGAUCUGCUUGGCAGUCGUAUCGGAUUGAAAUUGCGUGAUAAAACCACCGAAAUGGGCGAUUCCAUUACUUACAAAAAUGCAUUCUUUUUGGGCAAACAUGAGGCCAAGGUGGACGUAUUGGGUGCACUGAAGGACACUAUGGUGCGCCCAAAUGUUAUCCAAACGACCGACCUAACUUUACAGUUUUGUGGUAAAAGUGAGUCCACUCCUGGACCGGCGACAGAAACGCAUCUGCCAGUGAUGAUAUUUCACUGUCCGGAAGAUUUCUCCACCGUGGAAUAUUUUGAGAACCUAACGACAAACCAAAUCGGACGCAUUGGCAUCUACGCACCAAUCAUGACCAGCUCGAUGCUGAUCGUGUCCAACUUGACCCUAGCCCACGGCUUUAUGGUCAUAUCGCGCUAUCAAACUAAAGGAAAGGGACGUAAUAACAACCAGUGGUUGAGUCCUCCCGGAUGUGCGAUGUUUUCCCUACAACUGCACAUUCCCAUGAAUAGUCCACUGGGGCAGCGGUUAUCGAUGGUGCAGCAUUUAGUAGCGGUAUCGAUCGUAACGGCCUUGUUAUCUCUACCAGGUUAUGAGAAACUGGACCUCGGAUUGAAGUGGCCUAACGACAUUUACGCCUACGGCUCGUCGAAGGUCGGUGGCAGCAUUUCCAACACUCAAGUCGAUGCAACCACCGCCAUUAUGAAUGUAGGGGUUGGGCUUAACUUGAACAAUAGUAAACCAACCAUAUGCGUAAACGAUAUAAUUACACAGUACAAUACCAAGCACUCAACAACACUACCGUUGCUUUCCUAUGAAAAAACAUUUGCUUUAAUUUUCAACAAAUUGGAAGAACUAUAUGACCGGGUACAGCGCGAGGGUGUAACGAGUCUUCAGGAGGAGUAUUGUCGACUGUGGCUGCACCAGGAUGCCGAGAUAAGCAUGAUUGGACCAUCCGGUGAGUCCUUGCAAGGCACCAUCGUAGGAAUUGACGAUUAUGGCUUUCUAGUUGUUAAGAAACAACCCUCUGGCGAAACGGUGUCCGUGCAUCCUGAUGGCAACAGCUUUGACAUGAUGCAAGGAUUGAUCAUACCCAAAUAUAACUAAAUAGUCGCAACGUUGUCCAUACGGCCUGGUCUACAAAAGUUCGCUAAGCCAAUGAAAAUGAAAGUUUACAAAACCAUUCCUAUAUGCAAGUCAAAGUCAUUAGUUUUAAGUGGAGCCAGCGAUAAGCUACGAAUGUGUGUGCUUAGCUAGAUUUCAAAUACUAUUGAUGUGCCGCCAUAGGCAUCUGUUUUAUUGUUGAUGUAUCUAUUAAGUACAAGUGUAAUCUUUAACUAUAGAAAGUGUUUAAAAUCGGUAUAUAUAUGUCUGAUCAAUCCUCAGCCUUACAUGUUGGAUAAUGUAAUUCCCGCCGUUAAUAUUCUAUUAGACGAUCUAUUCUAAUCUCUAAUUGUUGUUGAAUAAGAAACAUGAAUUGAAAUAUUCACCAUUUUCUCGGCUAUUUAAAAUAAAGUUAACAGAAUUUUGCAAAAUUCAAUCCUAUGCAACCGUGCAAAUUCAAACAUUGAUCAGUCAGUCACACAAAAAACAACGGAGAGUAGAAAAUUAUAUAAAAUUCCUAUUAUUGCUUAUAUGGAUACACUUAAUUAGAAUUAAUAAUCAUUCACGAUAGAAGUGUUUAUUGGGUUUAGAUAGUGCAGCUUAUAAUGCUAAAAAUAUUUGUUAAAGCUUGGUGAACGUGGACUUUUUAAAAGAUAGUGUAAAAUUUUGAUCCUUUUUAGCGUAAUAAUUUUUACAUUGUUUUGUUUUUGUUUGAAUGUUUCAGUUAAAUCAAAACCGCAACUUUAAGAGUGGCGUGGUUAAUAUUUUUACUUAUUAUGUGUAUGUUUAUGGUGAGAGAUGCUUUGGGUCUUUAAAAGUGUUAUUCCAUUCUAAUGAAAAUCAAAACAUAGUAAUAAUUAAAAUCAAAUUCAGAGGUAUAAUGAAAGGUUUAUCAUAAAUGGUCAAUCGUGACGCAGUCAUAUCAAUCAGACACCAAUUGGAAAUGUUAAUCUAAAGCAAGCAAACUUAGACAACGAUGGUUGAAAGGAAGGCUGGAAUUCAAAAUUUUCGAUGUUAUCCAUUAAUCCCUAUAUUUCCACUAGCUAGAAACAUGAACAUUUAUUCCUCUUUAGAACACAUUUCACGGUACUAUGAAAAAAUAAAAAAAUCUUCCCAAUCCUUUCCACUUGAGUCAAUAAAAAAA